GGAUCAAAUUAGAAAAAUCUUGAAAUCUCCAUAGGAAAAAAGAAAAGUUUUGAAAUCUGAAGGUAUUUAAUUUUAAUUAGUAAAACCUUGUUCUAACUCCGCCUUCCCUCUCUGGUUCAAGGUCCGGUUAGGCCAAAAAACAAAAACUGAACCCCCUUUCAACCAGAACCAAACACUCUUUAAUCGGCGGCGGGGGUUUAGAAAUCAAAUCCAAAACCCUAAAAAUCUUAAACAAACCCAAAUCCAGAAUUUUUCCUCAGAUUUUCAUGUCCCCUCGUUAAUCGGACCCGAAGAUCGAUAAACUAACACCCUAAACCAAAAUGGGUCGACCCGAGCCCUGCGUUCUGUUUUCUCAGACUUUUGUUCACACUCACUUGGACGAAUACGUCGACGAGGUAUUGUUUGCUGAACCAGUUGUUAUAACUGCGUGUGAGUUCCUUGAACAGAAUGCGUCCUCAGCUUCUCAAGCUGUAUCGCUUGUUGGGGCCACUUCACCCCCUUCAUUUGCUUUGGAGGUGUUUGUUCAGAGUGAGGGAGAGACAAGAUUUAGGCGCCUCUGUCAGCCUUUUCUAUAUUCUCAUUCUUCAUCAAAUGUGCUUGAAGUUGAGGCAGUUGUAACCAACCAUCUAGUUGUAAGAGGUAGCUACCGGAGUUUAAGUUUGAUCAUAUAUGGAAAUACAGCAGAGGAUUUGGGGCAGUUCAACAUUGAAUUCGAUGAUAGCUCUCUAACUAAUCUUGUUAGCUCUGCUGACGGAAAGCUUGAAGACCUACCUCUUCCCUUACGUGCGUUUAAUCGGACAUUUGAGGAAUCAUUAUCUUCUUUAAAUGUUUUAUCUUUACCAGUAGUCACACUAGAUUUGUCAGUAGAGGUUAAGCAAUUACUGCAGCAAAUGUUGAAAAUUUUGGAAUUGCCAAACCUUGGUCACGAAGUACAUAAAGUUGUUCAUACUCUAGCAUUAGCGGCUGCUUCAUUUGUAACCUUUGACUUAGAAUCUAAUGCAAUCAAUCAGAAGCAUCUUACAUCAGGAAGAAACAAAGAUUUUAAGGAGUUGAACCAUGGUAUAAGUGAGGCCAGAAAAGAGCUGCUUGAGCUCUAUGAGACUCUUCAACGUAAAUCCACGAACAAGUCCUCUGAAUCAUUGACAGAAUGUAUCUUUAUGGAGUCUGAUGCUGAUUUGGCUUCUUCCAAACAGUUGGUGGAAAUGCUAUCACCAUGUUUUCAUUUCAAUAGGAGCUCCUCUAAUUUUGGGCAUUGCCAGCUACCGGAGAGUAAGAAUGUCAUCUUGGGGUUGAAUGUGGCUCUUUUCUUGUGCUCCACUAAGGAGAGCUGCUUUCACUUUGUCAACUGUGGGGGAAUGGAUCAGCUUGCAUAUCUUUUUGAUCACCAGAUGCAGAACUCGAUUACCAUUACAUUGUUGCUACUUGGAGUUAUUGAGCAGGCUACUCGACAUUCUGUUGGAUGUGAGGGAUUUCUUGGUUGGUGGCCUCGUGAGGAUGAAAAUAUCCCUUCUGGCACUAGUGAUGGUUACAGUUACUUGCUGAAGUUGUUGCUGCAAAAACCACGACAUGAUGUUGCUUCUCUAGCAACUUAUAUCCUUCAUCGACUAAGAUUUUAUGAAGUUAUUUCGAGAUAUGAGUCCGAAAUCUUAUCCAUACUGGGUGGCCUUUCUGCUACUACUAAAGGGACAAAUGUUGCUUCAAACAAGCUCAGAGGUGUUGGAUCACUACUUAAAAAGCUUCUGCAUUUGGUAAUUUCACAUGGCCCAAUUGAAGAUCCAUCUCCAGUAGCCCAUGCAAGCAGAUAUUUUAUUCUUGGUCAAACUGAUGGAUUAGUAUCGUAUAACGCAACCAGUGGGUUGAUUGCUUCUUCAAAUUGUUGCUUCUCAGAUUGGGAAAUUGACUUGCAUUUGCUGGCACUUCUUAAGGAUCGAGGAUUUCUUCCUUUAUCAGCUGCGCUGUUGUCAACUACUGUUUUGCAUUCUGAAGCUGCAGAUGUUGUGGACACUUCUUUGGAGAUUGUGUCAUCCAUUGGAUCUAUAAUUCUCUCCCUACUGUUUUGUCGCUCAGGCUUAGUUUUUCUCCUACAUCAGCCUGACCUUACUGCUACACUAAUUCAUGCCCUGAAGGGUGCUGAUGCUAUGAACAAGGAAGAGUGUGUUCCGCUUCGGUAUGCUUCUGUUUUAAUAUCUAAAGGAUUUACUUGCAAUCCACAGGAAGUUGGAAUCACUGUUGAGACACAUUUGAGGGUGGUUAAUGCCAUAGAUCGUUUGCUUUCAGCAACUCCACAGUCUGAAGAAUUUUUAUGGGUAUUGUGGGAGCUUUGUGGUCUUGCUAGGUCUGAUUGUGGACGCCAAGCUUUAUUGGCCAUGAGUUUUUUUUCAGAGGUGCUUUCUGUUUUGAUUGAAGCUUUGCAUUCUGUCAAGGAAUCAGAGCCUGUCAUCAAGAAUAGUGGUGCUUCACCUCUUAAUCUUGCAAUUUUACACUCAGCUGCUGAGAUUGUUGAAGUCAUUGUUACUGAUUCAACUGCAACGUCUCUUUCCUCUUGGAUUGGACAUGCUAUGGAACUUCAUAGAGCUUUACAUUCUUCUUCCCCUGGGUCCAAUAGGAAAGAUGCUCCUACACGGCUAUUGGAGUGGAUUGAUGCUGGUUUAGUUUAUCAUAAAAAUGGGGCUGUUGGUCUUCUAAGAUAUGCUGCUGUUUUGGCUUCUGGAGGAGAUGCUCACCUUACCUCAACCAACAUUCUAGUUUCUGAUUUAACAGAUGUUGUUGAUAAUAUUGUUGGAGAAUCUUCUAAUGCUUCUGACAUUAAUGUGAUGGAGAAUCUUGGAAGCAUUAUCUCUAUGAAGUCCUUUGAGGGUGUUAACCUCCGUGACUCUUCUAUAGCCCAGCUGACAACUGCAUUUCGAAUUUUGGCAUUCAUUUCAGAGAAUCCAACUGUUGCUGCUGCUUUGUAUGAUGAAGGUGCCAUCACAGUUAUCUAUGUGGUUCUUGUCAAUUGUAGCUACAUGCUUGAGAGGUCCUCAAACAGUUAUGAUUAUCUUGUUGACGAGGGUAACGAAUGCAAUUCUACAUCUGAUUUAUUGCUGGAACGCAACCGUGAACAGUGCUUAGUUGAUCUUUUGAUUCCGUCACUUGUAUUGCUGAUCACACUUUUGCAAAGAUUACAGGAAGCUAAGGAACAGCACAAGAAUACGAAACUGAUGACUGCAUUGUUACGAUUGCAUCGAGAAGUAAGCCCAAAGCUUGCAGCUUGUGCAGCUGAUUUAUCUUCUCCCUAUCCUGAUUCUGCACUUGGUUUUGAAGCUGUCUGCCAUCUUUCUGUGUCAGCUCUUGCUUAUUGGCCAGUAUAUGGUUGGAGUCCUGGCCUCUUCCACACUAUUCUUGCCAGUGUUCAAACUACUUCAUCACUGGCCUUGGGUCCAAAAGAGACCUGCAGUUUACUUUGUCUUUUGAAUGAUCUAUUUCCUGAAGAAAGUAUCUGGCGUUGGAAGAAUGGAAUGCCCUUGUUGAGUGCCCUUAGGUCACUGGCUAUAGGGACUUUACUGGGACCUCAUAAGGAGAGACAGGUUGAUUGGUAUCUAGAGUGUGGUCACCUUGAGAAGUUGUUCAACCAAUUGACACCACACCUUGACAGAAUUGCACAGAUUAUCCAACAUUAUGCCAUCUCCGCAUUGGUAGUCAUACAAGACAUGCUUCGAGUUUUUAUAAUUCGCAUUGCUUGCCAAAAAGCUGAACAGGCUUCUAAACUUCUGCGGCCUAUAUUGUCAUGGAUACAUGAUCAUAGCUCUGACUUAUCAUCUUUAUCUGACACAGAGGCUUACAAGGUAUAUAGAUGCCUUGAUUUUCUCACUAGCUUACUGGAGCAUCCAUAUGCCAAGGUGCUUUUGGUAGGCGAGGGUUUUCCUCAGAUUCUAACAAGAGUGUUGGAGAGUUGUUUUGAUGCUACAGAUUCAGACGGGAGGCAGGCUUCAGAGUGUAGGGAUUCUGCUAAAUAUGGGGUUGCUUUGAUUAGUUUGUGCAUCCCAGUUUUUAAGUCUAUCUCACUACUAUGCAGUUCUCGAACAUUCUCCCAAUAUGAUGAGAGACAUGAAAUGCAUAAAUUUGACAGUUUGAGCCCCAAAGAUUGUUCGAUAUUUAUAAAUCAACUCUUGAAGUUUUGCCAGGUCCUACCAGUUGGAAAAGAAUUAGUGUCUUGCCUUACAGCUUUUAGAGACAUGGGUUCUUGCACAGAAGGGUGUAAUGCUUUGCUGUCUGCUUUGCUAAAUAGCAGCAGUUCUACUCAUGAUGAACUUGAAUCAGAGAGAGGAAAUGAAAAGAAUGUGAAUUUUCAUUUCCUUAAUGAAUCUGAAUGGAGAAAAUCUCCCCCAUUGUUAUGUUGCUGGAUAAAAUUAUUGAAGUCCAUUGAUUCAAAAGAUCAUUUACCACCUUAUACACUUGAAGCUGCUAAUGUGUUGUCUUUAGGUACUUUGGGCUUUUGCAUGGGUGGGAAUAGUUUGAACAUGAAUUCUGUUGUAGCAUUGAAAUUCCUCUUUGGGCUUCCUGAUGAUACGGCUGGGAUAGGUGGCUUCCCAGAAGACAACAUAAAAUAUAUUCAGGAAUUUUCUACCCUGUUAAGUUCAAGGAUUGAUAAUGAUGAGGACUAUCAAACUUCAUCCGAUAUUCAUAUCUCCAUGCAUCAGGUUUCAGAGUCUGUGAAGUCAUUGUUGUUACUCUUCCAAAACUUGACUGCUGCUGUUGAGGUGGAUGAUGCUAUUCUCUAUGGAGGUCUUUCUUUUCCACAAAACAAUGUUCAAGUUCCUUCUGGAAUUCAGCACUUUGGACAAGGGCUUGACGGAAAGGCAGAUGACAGCCUUUACUCGGGAGGAUUUGAAGACAAGUUUUCAUGGGAAUUGCCUGAAACAUUACCUGGUAGAUUGUUACAGACAGCUCUUCCUACAAGAAGGAAACUGCAAGCAGCUGACAGUGCAAAUAGGAGUGCCAGAGGAGACAACUCUGUGGCUGAGAUAACAAAUCCAACUGCAUUUCAACGGGGAUUGGGUCCAUCUACAGCCUCUUCUGGUACUACUCGAAGGGAUAGCUUUCGACAGCGGAAACCGAAUACUAGCAGGCCUCCAUCAAUGCAUGUGGAUGAUUAUGUUGCACGAGAAAGGAGUGUUGAUGGUGUUUCUAAUUCUAAUGUAAUAGCUGUUCCGCGAGUAGGAUCUUCUGGGGGUAGACCUCCUUCAAUUCAUGUCGAUGAAUUUAUGGCUAGACAGAGGGAGCGUCAAAAUCCUGCUGCAUCAGGGACUGAAACUGCCACACAAUCUAAGAAUGCAGCUCCUAUAAAUGGCCCAGAUAAUGAAAAAGUAAACAAGUCUAAGCAGCUUAAGUCUGAUCUCGAUGACGAUCUUCAAGGAAUUGAUAUAGUGUUUGAUGGUGAGGAAUCUGAAACAGAUGAUAAGUUGCCGUUUCCGCAGCCUGAUGAUAAUCUGCAGCAGCUUGCUCCUGUAAUUUUUGAGCAAAGUUCUCCGCAGUCUGUUGUUGAAGAGACUGAAAGUGAUGUUAAUGGAAGUAGUCAAUUUUCUCACAUGGCUACACCUUUAGCAUCUAAUGCUGAUGAGAAUGCCCAAAGUGAGUUUUCUUCAAGAAUGUCAGUUUCACGUCCUGAAAUGUCUUUAACUCGAGAACCUAGUUUUUCUUCAGAAAAGAAAUUUUUUGAGCAAUCUGACGACUCAAAGAAUGCUGUUUCAAUUAAGAACUCUAGUGGGUUUGAUUCUGCAUCUGGGACAAAUAGUUCAGGAUUCUCUGCCCCUAUUUAUAGUAAUACACCUGCAACAUCAGUGCAGUUGUCGCUGGAUUCAAGAAUAACUCCACAAAACUUCUAUCCUAAGAGCAGUGCACAGUAUGCUGGUAACAUUCCUGUGGCGGCUGGAUCUCGAGGAAUGUAUGAGCUGAAAGUUCAGCCAAAUCAACCACCUUUACCCCCAAUGCCUCCCCCACCAACAAUUUUGCCAGUCCAAUCAGAUUAUUUAUCUUCAGUUAGUGGCAGUCCUUCCCUGUUGCAAUCUUCCAUUCCCGUGUCAGAUUCCAAGUUUAUGAGAACUUCUAUGCCUUCGCCUAGUGGAACUACUAGGCCUCCACCACCCCUUCCUUCAACACCGCCUCCAUUUGCAUCUAGCCCAUAUAAUUUAGCUUCCUUAAAUACUUCUGCUUCCCAACCAGCACUGUACAAUCAGUCUGGUAUGGGGAAAACCGAACUUCCUCAGGGUUCUAUUGGACCUACUAUUGAUGCUCGACUUCCUACUUCAGCUGCUGGCUUGGCUUCAUAUCCCCCUCCACCAUUGAUGCAAUCUUUAGUUUUUAAUAGGCCUCCUUCGAUCCCUGUUACACCUUAUGGAACCUCUCCUGCACUGCAUCAGGGUGAGAACCACCCUCCUGGCAUCUUGCAGAACCCCUCAAUACCUCAGUCUUCUAUGCAAACAAUCCAUUCUCUUAAUCAGCUGCAGAAGCUUCAACGUCCAUUGCAGCCAACUCAACAUCUUAGGCCAUCCAUGCAAUCAUCACAGCAGUUGGAGCAAGUUGUGUCUUCACAAACCCCUGUUCAGAUGCAAAUACAGUCAUUACCGAUGAUGCAUCAAGCUCAUAUUUCUCCUGUUAAUCCUUAUUAUCAGCCCCAACAGCCUGAAUUUUCAGCAGCGCAACAACAGAUGCAAGUUGAGCUUGCUCAACAACAAGCACCACCACAAACUGGUGGUACAUCACAGCAACAAGAUUCUGGAAUGUCCUUGCAUGAGUACUUCCAGUCUCCAGAAGCUAUUCAGUCUUUGUUGAGAGAUCGAGAGAAACUUUGCCAGCUAUUGGAGCAGCAUCCGAAGUUAAUGCAGAUGCUUCAGGAAAAGUUAGGUCAGCUGUAGCAAAAGAUGAUAAUGGGAUUGUACGGGUGCUUUAUUCUAUUUUCUGUAGCAUAUUUCAGACAUGUAAUCAUUGAUCCAAGACUCUGAAGUACAAUUCUUGAGCCUCGGCCUUAGGUCGCCAUGUUUCAAGCUUCAAAUGCAGUUGCCUGAUUAAGCCUGUUGCACUAAAUUUUGUAUCAGUUUGGACCAUAUGUACAUUAUAUUCCAUUUACUAUUACAACUUGCAUUUUGUUUUCAUUGUUUUAUAAUCUAUUUCAUGUGUAGGGGAAAAUUUUCCUUCCCUGGUAAGUUCCCUUGUAUGAUAAGCCGAUGUUGAUAUGUCAACUCCAACUCUGUAUAUAUGCUUUAUUGUCUGUUCUAUUAAGUAGCAAUGGUUUUGGCCGAAAAAAGAAAAA